ACCGGCAGCAGCUCCGUCUGGAAGGUCAAAGAACAUAAUGGCAGCUCCGAAAAAAGUCUGUGUGAUCGGCUCUGGUAACUGGGGCUCUGCCAUUGCCAAGAUUGUGGGCGCCAACGCGGCCAAGUAUGACAAGUUUGACACCACGGUGAACAUGUGGGUGUUUGAAGAAACCGUGAACGGCCGCAAACUCACUGAAAUAAUCAACGUGGACCAUGAAAAUGUGAAAUAUCUGCCCGGCCACAAGCUGCCCCCCAACGUGUUGGCCGUUCCAGACUUGGCUGAAUCUGUGAAAGGAGCCGACAUCCUGAUCUUCGUGGUGCCUCACCAGUUCAUUGUGAGAGUGUGCGACACCAUUAAAGACCACAUCAAGAAGGAUGCUGUAGGAAUGUCUCUCAUCAAGGGUGUGGACGCGGGUCCAGAGGGUCUGAAGCUGAUCUCAGAGGUCAUCCGAGGGAAGCUGGGCAUCACUGUGACCGUCCUCAUGGGAGCAAACAUCGCCAACGAGGUCGCUGAUGAGAAGUUUUGUGAAACAACAAUCGGGUGCAAAGACAAGGCUAUUGGGCCCAUGCUGAAGGAGCUGAUGCAGACCACUAACUUCCGUGUGACCGUGGUGGAGGAGUCUGAUGUCGUGGAGAUCUGCGGGGCGCUCAAGAACAUUGUAGCAGUGGGAGCAGGUUUCUGUGACGGCCUGGGAUUCGGCGACAACACCAAGGCCGCUGUGAUCCGUCUCGGCUUGAUGGAGAUGAUCGCCUUCGCCAGGGUCUUCUGCACGGAAUGCAAAGUCUGCCCCGCCACCUUCCUGGAGAGCUGCGGCAUCGCUGACCUCAUCACGACCUGCUACGGCGGACGCAACCGCAAGAUCGGGGAGGCCUUCGCCAAAACAGGCAAAACCAUUGAGCAGUUAGAAAAGGAGCUGCUGAACGGCCAGAAGCUUCAAGGUCCAGCGACUGCAUUCGAGGUCCAUCAGAUCUUGAAACAUAAAAACAUGGUGGAAAAGUUUCCUCUUUUCACUGCUGUGCACCAGAUCUGCUUCAACGGCCACUCCGUCACAGAUUUCAUCAAGUGUUUGCAGGACCACCCAGAGCACAUGUGAAGGAUUAGAGACUGAAGAAUGGCUGGAAGAUGGGAAAAAGACUUCCUCUAGAACUACUGUAUAACCCAGGUGACUGUAGGUGAAGACUGUGCCUUAUACUGAGUACUCUCAUGUUUGAAUCUCAGACAAAAAAGCAGAGUUGCCUUCUCUACUUUCUUGCCUUCCAUUACAUUACUGACAGAAGCACUGACUUCUGUUUAGUGUUAUUAGAAACAUACAAAUUGUUGCAUUAAAUCCACCAAGUCUUAAAAGUUAAAAAUAAUGUACACAACUUAAAGAAAAAUCAAACCACCGACCCGAAUGUUGUAAAAUGAGACUUUAUUGUUUGGUUAAAACCCCGAAUGUGCCUUUUCUCUUUGUUUAACAAAGCACUGAACAAACAAAAGAGUUUGAACUGCCACUGUGUUUGUUUAUUUCUCCUGGACUUCUUAUGAUGAUUUAUUGUUGAAUAAAUGAUUGAGCUCGUU